AUGGCGCCGAGCUCGGCGCCACAGAUCUCGGCGCCGAGGUCCACUGUCCAUAUCUCCUGCAGCAGGCGUGGCCUCAUCAGUCCUCCCCGCGUGUUCGACGCGCCGCCACAGAUCUCGGCGCCGAGGUCCGCUGUCCAUAUCUCCUGCAGCAGGCGCGGCCUCCUCAGUCCUCCCCGCGUGUUCGACGCGCCGCCGCCCGCCGACGUCGACCGCACCGCCACCCGCCCCGACCGUCCCCGCCCUCCGGCCCUGCCCCGACUCGUCGCCGCGUGCCCCGCCCGCCGGCGUCGACCGCUCCCGGCGCCGACCGCCCCCGCCCGGCGCCAACCGGCCCGCCCGCCCGCCCCCGCCCUGCUCGCCGCGCCACCGCCUUGCCCGCCCAGCGUGGUCGUCCCUCGGGCUCCGCCCCGGGUCGGCGCGGCGGCCGGCCCAGCUCGGUGCCCUAGCCUGGCCCGGCUGCCGGGCCCGGCCCCGCCGCCUCCCCCGGCCUCCGCGCGGCGCCCGGCCGAGGCUCGGGGCGUCAGCCGCCCAAGGCUCGGCGCGGCCCCUGGAGACAUUGUAUAUAAUAUUGUUGUUCCUCCAGCAACCAGUACCGACCGGGCUUCUAACAGUGUGGAAGUUCAAAUUGAGGAUGAUGAGGAGCCUUAUGAAACGGAAAGAGCUGUUGAUUCUGAUGAUGACCGCUAUGUUGGUACAGCACCAUUGUCUGAAGAAGAAAGGGAGCUCCUCAAAUGA